GAUAUAGAAAUUUUAUGUGAAGAUGAAAAGAAAUUACAUGGUUGUAGAGCAAUUUUAGCUGCAAGGUCCGAAGUAUUUGAUAGAUUACUUUAUAAUGGAAUGAAGGAAAGUUAUGAAACCAAAAUUUCUUUUCCAAAGAUUAAUUCUGCCGGAAUGGAAAUUAUAUUAAAAUAUGUUUAUACAGGAUCAAUUAAAAAAGAAUACUUAACAAAAGAUAAUAUAAUCGAGGCAUUUUACGCCGCAGACUAUUUUCAAUUACCAGACCUUCAGGAUUUUAUUAUAAAAGUUAUCAAAAAUUCGUUAGAAAAAAAUCAUUCAGAAAAUUUUUUACCAGAAUUAUUAUCUAAAUUUGUGGGUGAAAUACUAUUACUAGAAGAUAACAUUCUUCUAAAUUUAUUGGUUGAAAUGGUAGCUAAUAUUUCAUUAAAUACAAUUGAAUUUGGUCGAUUGUCUAUUGCAGGUCUUCAAUAUCUUUUAUCAUGUACGUAUGAAAAAGAAACCCUCUUUGCAACUCCAGAAUAUGAAGCUUUUCGAUAUUGUGCUAUUCUUGCAGCAAAACAAGUUUCUAAUGAUGCUCAUAAAACUCUUAUGGAACGGUUACCAACCCUUGAACAAUUAGAACAAUUAGGAAACUCUGUACAAGUAGAAAAUAAUUUAUUUACUGAUCAUCAAAAAGUUGCUAAAGAAUUGGAACCUUUAGUUGAAUUUAUUGAUUUUAGACUAAUUCAAGGUCAAGUAUUAGUUGAUAUCAUUGAGCCACUAAAAAUUGUUCCGGAUAAAAUUAUUCUAAAUGCAUAUCGAUAUAAUACAAAAUUAAUUAAUUCCGGCAAAAAUUAUACUCGAGGAGUACCCAUAUCAAGUUGUUCCAAUUGUGUUUGGGAUGAGUUAGCAUGUGGAUCAAAUCUUAUCAUUGAGGAUAAUGGAAAAGUUGUAUAUGCACCAAAUUGGCUUAAUUCAUAUGAAAGUGUUAGAGCUAAUACGAUUUUAGAAAAUAAAAUUGUUUUUGAAUGGGAUAUUAUUUUUGAGAAAACCUGUACAAGCAUUUGUGUUGGAGUAUGUGCAUCAGAAAAUUUUAAUUAUGAAGAACAUGCAAAAGAUCAACCUACUGGAUGGGUAUUAGGUCGUGGUGGUCAUUGUGCUAAUUUUGAAAGUUGGAUUACUUAUUGUCCGCCAUUUGAUGAUGGCACCAAAGUUACUGUUCACUUAGAUAUGAACAAAAAAACUUGCGCUUUUACAGUCGAUGGUACAAAAUAUCCGGAAGUAUCAGGUUGGAAUAAUUUACCAUCAAAGCUUUAUCCAGUGGUAUCAUUAAAAUACCCUGGUCGGCUUCGAAUUCAGUCACAUCAGAAAAGAGUUUGAUCGUAAAAAUCUAUUGAUAUUAUUUUACAACUAUAAAUUAAACAUUUCAAUUCAUGAUUCAAAUUAUUAAUAUAAUGAGAAAUUUUUAAAAAUUUUAAUUUACCAAAAUAAACUACGAAACACAGUUGGUUAGGAUGCUCAAUUAUCCAUGUUUUAUUUUUUUAACAUCAAAAUGUAAGAUAUUAAUCAUUUUCUU